AUUUUCUUACAAAUGCGGUUUAAGCAAUGCAUAAUAUUCUCCAUCAUUGUAUCGAUUUUCGCAGAAAAAGAGCGGAUGAUGGAUGGUUCUGUUUCCCCGUCAGAUCAUAAAAAGCCAGCUUCUGAGCAGAAAUUAAACUUAAAAUCUGGCCAAGAAAGCGUAGAAAAAUUUGCGAAAGCUUUGGAUACAAAUAAUGAUGGUUUUGUAGAUAAAAGUGAAAUUCUUGCAUGGGUAUCCGAAUCAUAUCAGAAAACUGUUGAUAGAGAAGCAGUAGAGAGAAUUAGUGAGCUUGAUGAGAACGCUGAUGGAUUUGUAUCGUGGGAAGAAUACUUGGCCGAUUCAUUUCCUGACGAAGAGUUACAUAACAAGGAAGAAGAAUCACUUAUUGCACAGGAUAAAAUGUAUUUCAAACAAGCUGACGAAGACAAUGAUGGAAAAUUAAAUCUGGAAGAACUGGCAAGUUUUCUUAACCCGGAGCAUCAUCCACAUAUGCAUCCGGUUCUAAUUGCUGUAACGCUGCUAGAAAAAGACCAGAAUGGAGAUGGAGCGAUCGAAGAGAAGGAAUUUUUGGGAGAACUUGAUGAACAAAGAGGCAGUGAAUGGUAUAAAGUUGAGGUGGAGAGAUUCCGUACAGUUUAUGACAAAAACAAAGACGGAAAACUGGCCGGCGACGAGCUGACCGAUUGGCUUCUCGUUGAUGGAACAACAGCUGGAUCUUAUGAAGCUGAAAGUCUUCUAACAAAUUCAGAUGAUGAUAAAGAUGGACAAUUGUCUUAUGAAGAAAUUGUGAAGCAUCAUGCUCUUUUUGCCAAAACUGAAGCUGCUCAAGAAGCCGAUCAUCUGCACCCAUAUUAUUCUCAUGACGAGUUGUAAUUAUGUAGAUCUCUGAAUCGAAGUUAAUUGAACAAAUGAUAAAUUAUUUACAAUUGU